GCGCCUGAUCACAGGUGGUGACGGGGAGGGUCGCAACCCCUCCCCCCGAGACUGGCCUCUGUACACAGCAGCAUAGCCUACCAGGAGCCGAAUUGGAAAAUACGCAUCCGUACGUGCUGGUACGUGCUAGCACGUGUGCCUAAGUGCGUGCGAGUCACGUGCAGGAUCAGUUCGGACCACUGGUUGUCCCAACAACUAUGAGAGCGCCCAUCGAAAGUGCGCGCAGAUUUAUACUUCCUGUCAAAAAAUAGUUCAGCCUACCCUCCAAAACGGGGUUAAAAAAGGGGUCAAAAACGGCGCUGAGUUCAGCCAUGCCUGCCAUACCCAGCUCUACGCCCAACCCGCCCAAGGGUACGACCUCCGUACCCAGGGUGCGGGUGUUCGUCCAGCAACAGCAACCCGCGGCUCAGCAUUAUGGGUCAUUCAUGAAGCCCCAACCUCCGCACAUCCUCUUCAAUCUAGGAACGGAGGAAGGAGGUGGCGGUAGUGGCGGUGUCGGUGCCAUCACUGCGGCCCUGGACGGAAGCUCGCGGGUGCAUGGCGCCGGCGACGUGGUCGUGUCCCUCAUCCUGGUGUGCGUCAUCUUUUUCGUAACGUUUAUGGGAUCCUUUUUCUGGAGAAAGUACAGAAAAAUCCACUACAUGAGGAAUGCGCACGCCUACGAGUACUCCCAGCUGAGCCAGUGCGAGCGGGAUGCAGGGGACCUAGCAGACAUUGCCGAUGAGCUCGGUAUUUCAAUAAACACCUCAACCGAUGAAGAGGUGCCUCGCGCACAGCGUGUUGGAACUACGCGCCACUACACGCUGCUCAGUGAACUGGAAGCCAGCCCUACGGAAGACUUCGACAGGAGAAGCACUCGACCCGCGACCAUCCGCGUCACUGCCAGCUACAUUACCACGCUGGCCAACCUCACCAGCAGCGGGAAGGAUGAUGAGGUCAGCAUCAAUAACAACACUAUCGACAACGAGCUGAGCCCGGCACGAGACCCGGCCCCGACGAUCCAGCCGGACGCGUCAGAGGGAGUUCCUCGGCCAACCCCGAUGGCGUCCGCUGUCAGACAGUCCGAAACACAGCCGCUCCUCGGGCAGCUGCUGCCGGUUCUGCCGCUCAUGCCACCGCCGCUGCAGCCAGAGACGGUUGCGGUGGACAAGCCUCAGCCGCGGACGACCCUGUUCACCGAUUCAGAUGAGGAACUUCUUCAGUGAACAUUCCAGCUAAAGAAACGAAACAGUAAAGGACAAGUCAUCGCGUUGCAUAUCAAAAGACGUACCCCUUUGUUAUGUUCAAUUGCCUGGGAUUAUAGCCACGAUCUGUGAGGCAACGAGUUCUCUUCGGCGAUCCUGUCAAAUUAGUUCCAAAUUCGAAAUCAUCCAGUGACAAUUCAUAUUGAGGAUACGGUUCCCAUUUUAAAUCUGAUAACCCCUAAUCUGUUUCUCUCGUGUGUUCCUGCAUAUUGUGUAAAGGUUGUCAGUAUUAUACGAUAGAUAACGGUAGUUUGUGAUAAGUAUGAUAUUCCACAGCUAUUGCCGAGGAGGUAUUCACUCUCGUAAUACCCUGUACACCUCACCUGAGUAUUACGAGGUAUUACGUGUAAUGUAAUAUGGAGAAAUUACAAAAUAUGCUACAAAAUGGCCGAAUUUUGCUUUUUAUACCGGUGUAAUGCCCGGUAGUACUAUGUAAUUCAGUGUAAUACCGAGUACUCUGUGCAAGUUUUCUUGUAGUGAAUACCCCCACGGCUAUUGCUGCAGGUGCCUGUAAUAUUAUGUUGUAAACAUGCGUGUUAACUUCGAAUAGUUGAUUGUGAGGGUGCCAUUGCCAAUUGAAACGGUUGUGCCUUUGUUAAAAUCUAUUAUUUAUUUAAUUAUUCAAUUUAAGUGGUUGGAAUUGGGUUUAAAACGCUGGUUGGAGGUGUGUCAUACAACUACUAUUGCAGGUUAUCUGCACUUCGAAAAAGCUAUAUUGUGAUGGUAGUCUAAGUAGAUAAAAAUCAGAUUCUAUUCUGUUAUUUGUCAUUACCUAGUUAUUUAGGUCUUUAUGAGUAUUAAGGUCGAUCUGGACUACCAUGGCGGUAGCCAAGCGAUGCUUUUGUUCUCACAUCUUCUGGCACAUUAUUUGGAGAACACAAUUUUCCACGAUUUACCACGUGUUCAGAAAGCGUAAGGGACCGUCAUACGGCUGGACUAUCGAACCAAACAGAAAGACCAUUAUGAAUAUAAGAAAUACAUAUGACAAGUUUGUAUCGGUAACUCAAGCACAUACUGCACAGCACGGUAAACCAAAGUACUGGUUCCAAAACUGUUUCUACUGGUUUUCACGCAUGAGGUAAAACUAACGAAAUUAUAUUUACAACCUGUGAGACCUGUGCGAUCGCUCUUAUCAUUUCGUGCUCGUAUAUCCAGUGGGCUGGUUUGGAAACCGUAACCGAAUUGGAUUUCGGGCAAGCAGCUUAUACGAGAGCUUGGACAAUUGACUUUACAGAAAAUGGUAGGCAGGUUUUCUCGCGGUAAGGGUUUUGAUAUUACCUGGCUUGAAAACCGAUUGAAUCGCGACUUAGAAACCAAAUUACGUGCUUUGCGGCUUUUGUGGUCCUCCACUUACAAAUUCUAUGAAAAUCAUGAACUGAUAAACGUGCUAGAUACAUAAAUGUAAGGUGUGGUCAAAAAUAAAUCGUGAAAGAUUAA